UAUGGUAGGGUUUCUUUAAAAAUAGUCGCAUGCAGAGUCCAACUGACGAGCUUUUCAAUAUAAUUAAAAGUCGAUAUAGCCUAAAAAAAUAAGGCUUCAGCCUACUAGACGCGGAAGUGCUCGUUUUCGCGAUAAAAUGGAGCCAGCACCGUUGCCCCUUGAGCCUAUCAAAUCGAACAAUAUAGAGGAGAGGAGAUUGUGGGUUGGUAACUUAGAUCUACGGAUUAAUGAGUAUCAAUUCCUCAAACUUGUACAAAAACACGGAACUAUUGAGAAGUUCGACCUCCUCUUCCACCGGUCUGGACCACAGGCUGGUCAGUCUAGAGGAUAUGCAUUUGUUACUUAUAAAACGGCAAGAGAUGCCGAAUCUGCAAUGGAGACCUUACAGAAUCUCAGAGUUGGAUCUAAAAAUAUCGUAGUCAGAUAUGCUCACAGUAUAAACGUGGCUGAAUUAGAUAAACCCAAACCCAAGAUUGAAAUACCUGCCCUGGCUGGAGCAAAAAAGGAUGAUAAGAAGAUAAGUCGUGAAACAGCAAUACAAGCUAUUGAAGCCAAAUUAAAGAUGAUGAAAGAAUCUGAAGAAGAAUUUCAACUGAACAAGCCUUUAGAAGGAGCACCUCUAAUUUAUCAGUACCAAAAACCAGAGAGCAACAAACCGUCCACUUCUCGGCAUUAUGGUAGAGGAAGCUACCAUAAUAAUAGAAAACCAUACAGUCGAACUAGACCAAGAAGAUAAUUGUGAUUUGUGUUUCAAACCUUUUGUACUUUCAUUGUAUGAAAGUAUGAAAGUUCCAUAUCUAUGCAUUCAUUUUCAUUAAUUUAUUAAGACAUUGCAACACAUUCGCAUAUAGAAUUACAAAAAAGUCAUCAUUGCUUAACGUGUAAUAUUUAUAAGAAGUGCAAGUCAUUCUUAUUAGAUAACAAAUGCAUUUUAACAAUUCCAUUUCAUUAAUUCCAUCAUUGUGUGUGCCUAAAACUAAGAAGCGCUUUCAUGACUGUAUUACUCUUAAAAUAUUCUAUUAAUUAUAAUGCUUUUUCAGAAAUGAUCUUUCAGUGCCAUAAUAACAAAACUUAGUGUAUUGAAAAUACUUUUAGUUUUUGUUUACAAGUAUUAUUAAUGGUUAUAUUUUAACAAUGACUAUGAAAAUGACAGUGACGAGUACGAUCUAUUUAUACAUAUGUACAUAUAUUUAUUGUUUUGUGAUUUCAUUAUGUACAAAUUCUUACUACUAUGUAAUAUUUUUGUAAUACUAAUAUUUAUAUGUAAUAAAAACAAGUAAUAUCAUA